GGGUUAAGACUUUUGAGGUAAUACGGCACCACAUAUGACUUAGGGUCUGUUCUCAUAUGCUAAACAAAGCUGAAUUGAAAACAAACGUAUGAGAAUAGACCCUUAAAUUGUACUACCUCCGCUUUUUUUUGUUGACACAUUUCUAUCAUCACGCUAGCCAAUGCAUGUUUUUAAUGCUUAAUAUCUCUAAUUAUCAACAUUGUAAAUUAUAAAAAAAUAGAUAUUAAUAAAAUAUACAUUAAGAAGAUUCAAACAAGAUCCUACAUGACUAUAUUUUAUUGUAUCUAUAAGUCACAAAAUCGAGUCAAAGUGUAAUGUGUGAAUAGUAUAAAAGUCAAACGAUGUCAACUAAAAAAAAAACGAAGGUAGUAUCUCUCCACAUCAAAUACUUUCAUGCCUAUCUAUACAACAAAAUACCAACAAUUAAACAACUAGGUAGCAUUAUGUUUAGAUUGCGUGUACAAGUAAUUACAGUAUUACUACAAGAUUCAUCAAUCCCUAUAUUCAAGCUUAAGUUUUACACAGAAAGCAAGGACAUUAGCCGUUAUUCCAUUUAUUAGCUUGUCCAUCAAACUAAAUACAAAGUACAAUUACUGAAUUACUCAACUAGCUACUCUAUAAGUUAAUCCCUUAAAACCCAUAUACUUGUAUAAUAUACUACCACUGUCUGCAGAAAAUUAAAAUAAGGAUACUUCAGUAUAGUACUACCAGUUACUACUAGAAUCCUACACUGCUAAUACGAGUAAAAUAAAAAUCAUAGUUUAAAACUUAAUUUUAUAUCUUUUAUUGACCAGCUAUUUCAACGGAAACCACCACCAUCAUUGAUAACAACACCUUGUAUGCAAACAAAGUCGUACUUUUCAACCCCAGUUUGCAUUAUAAAAAGGAACCCAUGCAUGGUCUUCUUUCACCAUUAUCCAUUCAUUGCUCCUUGCCAAAAUCAACCACAUUUUUAGCAAUCAUGCAAAUAUUUACAAUUUCUUUCCCCCUCAUUUCCAUUCUUAUCUUCACUAGUACAUUCUACUCAACAUUUGUAGAAUCCUGCAAUAACAUAGACAAAGAAGCAUUGCUCGAUUUCAAGCAUCACAUCACCAAUGACCCAUCAGGGCUACUCAAAACUUGGGUCUCCAAAACAGACUGCUGCACUUCUUGGGCAGGUGUGGACUGUGAUCAUGCCACGGGAAGGGUAGUUAAUGUCUCAGUGUCUGGUCUCCAAUCUGGGGACGACUUCAUCUUGGAUACCUCUAUGACAGGUACGCUCUCUCCAUUUCUUGGCAACCUUACCGUGCUCCAACUCCUUGAUCUUAGCAACAAUAAGGAGCUAAUUGGUCCCAUCCCACCUGAACUAGGCAAGUUGUCACAUCUGACCCUUCUUUUUCUAGACACAAAUAAGCUAAACGGUUCCAUACCCACUUCACUUGCAAACCUUCAUAGCCUACAAAAGCUAUACCUAAGUGACAAUAAACUCUUUGGCUCCAUACCCAACUCUAUGUUUCAAUCAAUGCCAUCCUUAUUGGAAUUGGGCUUAUCCGGAAAUCAGUUAUCCGGACCAAUGCCAGCAUCGAUUGAGAAUUUGCUUAAACUUACUAAGCUUGACCUUAAUACCAACAAUAUCUCUGGUAAGAUUCCAAUGGUAAUUGGCAAGCUAAAAACCCUUGCAUACAUAGAUAUGUCCUCGAAUGAUAUCAGAGGGAGUAUACCAGAUUCUAUUGGUGAACUUUCUCGGCUAAACCUUUUAUAUCUAAAUGAUAACAAACUUACAGGACCCAUUCCUUCAUCCAUAGGCCGACUUACUUCUUUGCAAUUUCUCAGGCUUUGGAAUAAUAAGUUGAGUGGUGUUUUACCAAAUUCCAUCGGGAAUCUUCCCCAAAUCCAGAGGAUGUACUUAGAUAACAAUAUGAUCACAGGAAAAUUGCCAUCAAGUUUAGGACAUCUUAGUAUGCUAACCGACAUGUCCUUUGCAAACAAUCACUUUGUAGGCCAAAUCCCAUCUACUUUUGGCAAUCUCAAGAACCUCACAUUACUGGAUUUGUCUGGAAAUCAGCUUGUUGGCCCCCUGCCGCCACAACUUGCUCAACUACAGCUGUUACAGACACUUACCUUGUCUUUCAAUCCACUAAGGCUGGUGACAAUACCCAGUUGGAUCUCCAAGUUAAACCUCUUUCAGCUAAAUUUAGCUGGGACAGGGCUCAAAGGGCAGCUUCCCCAGUGGCUAUCCUCCACACAGAUUACUUAUCUAGAUUUAUCUAGUAACGAGCUCACAGGGAAGUUGCCUUCAUGGAUAGGGAAUAUGAGUGGUUUAUGGUUCUUUAAUAUAUCCAACAAUGGAUUCUACUCUGUCAUUCCAGUAGAAUUUAAGAAGCUCUCGAGCCUCCAGAACCUUGAUCUUCACUCAAACAAGUUCUCUGGGCCAUUACAAAUAAUUCUCACACAAGGGUCUUACACCAAUAUCGAUGUGUCUGGUAACAUGUUCACAGGCCCACUCGAUAUAAACAUAGGUAAUAAGCCCACCAUGAACUCUAUCACUUCCUUAAUCUUAUCGAAUAACCCAUUAGGAGGAUCCAUACCAAAGUCGAUAGGGAUAUUAACUCGACUCCAAGUUCUAAAAAUGGUGGAUAAUCAUCUAUCAGGAAGAAUACCCGAAGAACUUGAGAAUGCCAAGGAAUUGACAACGAUUAUGUUGUCAAGGAAUAGCUUAAGUGGAAGUAUUCCAAGCAAUUUGUUGAAUCUGAGGAGCCUGCAAGUAUUUGAUGUGUCGAAAAAUAAACUAAGCGGGGCGAUUCCUCCGCACAAGACUAACAUUCCUGCCUCUGCAUUUUCAGAUAAUGCAGGGCUUUGUGGAGCUCCGCUUCAGUCUUGUAAGCAUUGAUACUUGAUUGUGGUCCUUUUGUCAAUCAAGUAUUUACAUUUCAUUUAGUGUUUUUUUUUUUUUUUAUUUAAAAAAAAAUUGUUAUAAUCAAGUUUAUGUAGAUGUAAUUUUCAAAUGUAUCUUUUUAUUUUUCAAAAUUUCCAACCACAAUACAAAGUGAUUAUCCAUUUAAGAGCAAAGAACUGUAAGGCUAAUGAAAUUAGGACAUAGGAGCUAUUAGUAAUGUUUAUUUGCAGGUCAAAACGUCUUGCCAUAUAUGAAUUCAUAAUCUGUCUACAAAAAGCUGUUAAUAAUACAGAUUAUAUUGAUCCAUGGCUAAUACUUGAAUACCUUAUAUCCAAAUGUUAACCUUAUGUCCUAUCAAAUUCGAUGAUAGGACUGUCUUGAUCUCACAUGUUAUAGACCAUUAUUCAACUCUUAUAAUUAACCUUACCAUAUAUUCAAUCCAAAUUGACUUAAUCUGCUCGACUGAAUUGCAAUCGACUAUUGUUUUAGUGAUUACUGUAUUCUCUCAGCUUGUGCUACACUUAGGAUUGGCUUCAUUUAGGACAAGUCCAGAUCCUAUUUAUUACUGGAAGGAGAGUAGAUUCAAUGAUUCAUUCCUUUCCUUAUCAACCUUACCUAUCUUCAACUCCCUCGAUCUUAGCAAAAACAAGAAGCUAAGUGGUCUUCUUCUGCCUGAAUUAGGCAAAUUAUCAAUUUAAAUUUCCUCGAAAUAAAUCAGCUAAAAGGUUCGGUACCCACAACUCUAAGUCAGCUGAUCAGCUCCAUGAGCUUAAAAGGUUAUACCUUAGUGACAAUGCCUCUCUUCGACACCAUACCCAGCUCUAGUUUUUAUCAAUAACACCUCUAUCAGAAUUGGGUAUCCUAAUUCUAUUGUAAUAAUCAUCAUAUCAGUACGCUUGACUUAGCAAGGGUUUGAAAUCCUUAGAAUUCAAAUUUUGCAAAUAACAAAUUACGGAGUACAAUAUUUAGAUUUUACAGCAAAGGGAAAACGAACAUUAAAAGUAAAA